GUCACCCGAUUAGUAGUAGUUUAGUGCCGUACUAGUGAGGUAGAAGAAAGUGAGUUUGGACCCCGUAGAAGUGCGUAUCGUGCCGUUGAUUCUGAUUCUGACUGAAAGCGAAGAAAACCCCAGGCCCAGUAAUCCGCUCACUAUAAACACUCACGUAGCAGCAACCUUCUCGCUCAGACAACAGAACAACAAUAAACGAAGCCCGGAAGAAGAUGAAAUCCCUCACCUUGAUUGUGUUCGGCCUGGUCGCGUUGGCAGCCACCGCCUCCGCUCAGCAGCAAAAGUACACCGAUAAAUUCGACAAUAUCAACGUGGAUCAGGUCCUCAGCAACGACCGGAUCCUGAGUAACUACCUCAAGUGUCUGCUGGACAAGGGACCCUGCACCCAGGAGGGACGGGAACUGAAGAGAACUCUCCCAGACGCACUGCGCACAAACUGCGAGAAGUGCAGCGAAAAGCAGCGCACCAACUCGCGCAAGGUUAUCAGCCAUCUGGAAUCGAGGAAACCGGUCGAAUGGAAGAAACUGCUGGACAAGUUCGAUCCGGAGGGCAUCUACAAGAGCAAGUUUGAGAAGCUGAACAAGCGAUCCUAAAAAUCCUACUCUAUAUACUUUUUGGAAGCAUUUGUGAUAGAUGUUAUCUCUUAGCGUGUGUGCGCGUGACCUGUUGCUCCGAGGGGCAGCAUUUGUGAAAAGCAGUAUUUUUGUUGGAGUAGACGAAUUAAGGCAUUUUGACAAAUUAGAUUUGGUACAACGUAGACACAAUGUAUAUCAAAUUAUACUUUUAAAUGUAUAAAUUUUCGUACGAUUAAGUGAGU